GCGGCGGCGGGCGCGCCGAGGCUGCCGCCCAGCGCCCUCGCCGCGGCCAUGCCCGGGCCCUAGCGCGCCUGCCGCAGCCCGCGCCCCGCAGCCCGCAGCGCGCGCCCGCCGCCGCCUCUUCAAUGGGCAACCUGCUCGGCGGGGUCAGCUUCCGCGAGCCCACCACGGUGGAGGACUGCGACUCCACCUGGCAGACGGACUCGGAGCCCGAGCCCGAGCCCGAGCCCGAGCCCGAGCCGGAGGAGCCGGGGCCGGGCGGCGGCGGGGAGGGCCCGGGGCAGGAGUCGGAGCAGCCCGCGCAGCCCCCGGAGCGCGCCGGCGGGCGGCCCCGCACCAGCUCCGCGCCGGACGAGGACGCCGAGGCGGCGGGCGCCGAGCAGGGUGGUGAUUCCACUGAAGCAUCUGCCAAACCAAAGAGAAGUUUUUAUGCUGCGAGGGAUUUGUACAAAUACCGACACCAGUACCCAAACUUCAAAGAUAUCCGAUAUCAAAAUGAUUUGAGCAAUCUUCGUUUUUAUAAGAAUAAAAUUCCAUUUAAGCCAGAUGGUGUUUACAUUGAAGAAGUUUUAAAUAAGUGGAAAGGAGAUUAUGAAAAGCUGGAGCACAACCACACUUACAUUCAAUGGCUUUUUCCUCUCAGAGAACAAGGCUUGAACUUCUAUGCUAAAGAACUAACUACAUAUGAAAUUGAGGAAUUCAAAAAAACAAAAGAAGCAAUUAGACGAUUCCUCCUGGCUUAUAAAAUGAUGUUAGAGUUUUUUGGAAUAAAACUGAUUGAUAAAACUGGAAACGUUGCUCGGGCUGUUAAUUGGCAGGAAAGAUUUCAGCAUCUGAAUGAGUCCCAGCACAACUAUUUAAGAAUCACUCGUAUUCUUAAAAGCCUUGGUGAGCUUGGAUAUGAAAGUUUUAAAUCUCCUCUUGUGAAAUUUAUUCUUCAUGAAGCUCUUGUGGAAAAUACUAUUCCCAAUAUUAAACAGAGUGCUCUGGAGUAUUUUGUUUAUACAGUUAGAGACAGAAGAGAAAGGAGAAAGCUCCUACGUUUUGCCCAAAAACAUUACACGCCUUCAGAGAAUUUUAUCUGGGGACCUCCAAAGAAAGAACAGUCAGAAGGAAGUAAAACCCAGAAAAUGCCUGCCCCUCCAGCCUCCAGUCACAACAGCCAAACUUCUAUGCACAAAAAAUCCAAGGACCUUAAAAAUUCUUCCUCAGCAGUUAAUGUAAAUAGCAAAACAGCUGAAGAUAAAAAGGCAGCACCUCGAGAUCCUGAAGAGACAGAAAGGCCCAGUGCAGAGCUCAACAAUGAAGCUGCAAGGCCAAGUAACACAGAGAAGGAUGGUAAUGCUGAAAAUUCAAAUCCUCAAACUGUAAAAGCAAUGAAUAAUCUGGCAGAGAAAAAAGAGAACGCAUCUACUUCUGAAAAAGAUGAAGAAGGUGAAAAUCACAACAAAGACUGUGAAAAUUCUGGAAAUACAGUUUCUCAUGAUGAUACCCUAUCACAGUGAAAUAUCAGAGAUCCCAUCCACAAGUUUAGGUAAGGGAGGAAAACAGACUCUACAACUUAUCUUAAAGAAUAGAAGUCACAUUUCAGGUUUUAGCCAUCUGUUUCUGAUUUCUGUUGUAAGCGUUUUGUUGUUCCUUGUUUUUGAUUUUGGAUCACAAUGUGAUGAAUAAUUAAUUUUAAGGCAAGACCCAAUAAAGGAAUAUAUUCUGUAA